CAACGCAAAAACCCUAAUCAGGUAAACCCACACUUUCCACUGCACCACAAGCUCCGACUAUAAUAAAACCCUAAAACGCCCAUUUUCGGGAGUCUUGAGAUUUGGCCGAUUUCUGCUUCUGCUGCUGCCGUGAAGAUGGUGAAGGGACGUCAAGGCGAGCGUGUUAGGCUCUAUGUGAGGGGAACCAUCCUUGGAUACAAAAGAUCUAAAUCAAACCAGUACCCAAACACAUCUCUGGUCCAAAUUGAAGGAGUGAACACCAAGGAGGAGGUAGCAUGGUAUGCUGGCAAGCGGUUGGCAUAUAUCUACAAGGCCAAGGUGAAGAAGAAUGGAACCCAUUACCGCUGCCUAUGGGGAAAGGUUACAAGGCCUCAUGGUAAUAGUGGUAUUGUUCGUGCCAAAUUCACAUCAAAUCUUCCUCCCAAAUCAAUGGGAUCGAGGAUAAGAGUAUUUAUGUAUCCCAGUAACAUCUGAGAUGCAGGAGACAUGGCUAGUAGAAUUGUGUGGUGAUUUCUAGCUUCAGGGAUUUUUGUUUGAUUUUAACUUUUGAGGAUUUUUUUUUGGUUUAGACAGUUAUAUGAAGGAAUGGUGUCAUCUGCUGUAAUGGCUAUUGUCCCUGGAAUAUUAAGUUCGGUACUAUGCAUGUGUAAUUUCUUAUCUCUAAUGAUUACAAUGUUUGUUA